CUCUCCAUCCUUCGCGUCUCUCUCUCACGGCCAUCGCUCGCCUCUCUCUCUCACGGCCAUCGCUCGCCAGACUCUUUUCGUCAACAGUCGCCAUGACUGUGCUUGUCGUUGUUGAGAUGUUUAAUGCUUUGAACAAUCUCAGUGAAAAUCAAUCACUUUUUGUUAUCCCUCCCUGGAGUAAUUUAUGGCUUGUUACUUCCAUCAUCCUGACUAUGCUGUUUUACAUACUAAUUCUGUAUGUGCAUCCACUCUCUGUUCUGUUCUCUGUAACACCAUUGUCUUGGGCUGAGUGGACUGUUGUUCUAUAUCUUUCAUUCCCUGUAUGAAGUGAAUCUUCACCCUCUCAGUU